CCGAAUUAUUUUGCCUUCCAGAUUGUCGGAAAUUCGAAUCAUCUGCGGGCCAACUGCCACAUGCGGCCCAUCGCGCGUCUUCCGCGUUCUGGGUUGCUUCAAGUUUGUACCUUUGCAUUGGCAGAGGCCAGCAUUGGCACUCGGUCCGUUCUCCAGUACAUGCGGUGCAGGGGCUCAGGCAAACAUUAGUGGCAGAGCGGCACGGAUUAUCGCGGACCUGGGAUUGACGUAUAUGCAUAUCCACAAGAACGGUUUAACAUCAAAAAGUUUUGUAGAUGUACGAUAAAUAUGUCAAUGAGGACGGGCUGAGAUGCGGCGAGAUGCAAGUUCUUCCCGCUAUGGUCUCGCAAACAUUUGCUGGCCGGUACGAGCGGUGCGUGCGCCUGCAAACCCUCGAAAGGAGGGAGGUUCAGCGACAUCCCGUCACCAUCAUCAACAUCAGCGACACCCGCAAACAACAACAUCUCGCAAAGCCAAUCUCAAGCGUUCUAUCUCCAAUCGAGUCAUUCCCAAUCUCUCACUCUCUAACACAUCGAAAAUGCUCUUCCAAACCGUCCUCGCUUCAGCUGCUCUCCUCAGCGCUGCCGCCAACGCUGCUCCCGCCUCCCCGGCAAGGGCCGACUCAAACAGCAGCUGCGCCGCCGACUGGGUCAUCCGCGAAAACACCGACUGGACGGGCGUCGCCGACCUUCCCAACCAUCCCGUCUGGGACAAGAAGUUCCCCGACGCUUGCUCCUGCGCCAACGCCAUCCUGACCACCGCGCCCAGCGGUAGCACCAUCCCUGCGGCCAUCUUCGUGUGGAACUCCGCCACGCAGGGAUGUUACCCUAAGGGAUUCAAGGACGUUCCCGUCCAGCUCGAGGGAGGUAGGCUCCACAUGGCCGGCUGGAACCCCGCCAAACCUGGCACUGCCUUUGUUGGCGAACACAUCAACGGACUUAACGUUGUGAACCAGAAAUGCACCCGCUUCUUGGCAAGCGCCAGCCAAUGCAAUGCCAUCUGCGAGGCAAACGCGGCCCAGGCCCAGAACCAAGACGACCCAGAGCGCGUCUGCGACGUCGCCUACGCUUACACCAACAUGUCCGAAGAUGAACACUGUCGUAUCUGCACGUUCGAUCAGAACCAAGGACAGACGCUUGGAUUCAGGAUCCAGAGGUCCAUGUAGAUAAGGGACUGUGAUUUCUGGUUGGAAGCAAGUAGAAGCAAGUUUGGACCAUAUACUUCCGGCUGGAUUGCUCUUCCGUGGGCAUUUUGUAGAUAUAGAAUUUGUGUUUUGAUCAAUAGCAUAUCCAUAUCUGGUUGAUUGCUGCAUG